CAGGCUAAGGAUACCGUACUAAUUUAUUCUCCGAUAACGGUACAGAGCUCUUAUCCGCCGAGGGUCCAUGCUGCCCCGCCAAACUUAUUGCCCGAGUACUUUGCGACAACAUCACCAAAUAAACAUUACCAUGACUUACCUCAUCCACGCGAAUCUGCGACUUAGUACCCAGAAAAAACAACUGCAAUCAUGUCGCUUCCCUCCCGCGAAACAGAAAUGAGAGCGUCAGCUGACGCGGCCUCAAACUUCGCCGACGCCUACUACGAAGCCCUUAACCGCCGCAAGCCCGCCGGCACCCUCUCAAACUUCUACACGACAACCUGCUCCAAAUACCCCUCGCCACCCGACAUCUCCAUCAACGGCGCCGUCCUGCAGGGCGGGCCCGACGAGUACAUUGCCCUCCUCGAUACCCAAGGCGCUGACGUGCGCUACGAGAUCGAGGCGCUCGACGCCCAUGUCGUCAAUAACGACUUCUCGCUCGGCUGUCCCGAGCAUCUGCAGCGCGGUGACGAGAAGGGCGCCAAGUGCAGCAUCGCCGCGCAGGUCACCGGCCGCAUCUACUACGGCAAGGGCCGCGACGCGCCGGCCAAGACGUUCAACGAGGUCUUUGUGCUGGUGCCGAACUGGGAUACGUUUGGCAAGAACCCGCCGAGAGGCGCUAGGCGGUGGUUGAUCAUGAGCCAAAACUUCCGCGCGUUGUGAGGCGUCGAGAUUCCCGAACGAGAGUAGGUAUAAAAUUGCAAGCGACAUCACUGGUGUUGGGUUUGCUUCUGAGAAACGAAUUAGAAGAACCGAGAAAUGAGUAUGAAGAGAUGCCACGCUCUGGGGCCGGGCUCCUGACGGUAUUGGCGUGGCACUGACAUGAUGUAAAUGAAUGGACAAGGUACCAUCAAUCUUAUCGAACCACACUACGGUGGACGUUCAAAGUCGGGACAGAUCAAAAUAAGAAAUACCUCAAGGCACAUUGUUUGCUACAAUGGACU